AUGUCGCCUGCCGGGGCCCCCUCGGCCAGGGGCAUCAAGAUCGCAGCGCCCUCGUGGGACGGCAAGAAGGCCGAGCUCGAGGAGUUCCUCGAGCAGUGCGACCUCACCUUCCGCUUCGGCCCGAGCGAGUUCUCCUCGGAGCGACUGAAGAUCGACUACGCCUAUGCCCACAUGAAGGGCACCCCUUGGGAGCGCCUCCGGAACCUCCGCCAGGCCGAGGAGCCCCCGGAGAUGCUUCUCAGCUGGAAGGCCCUCCGCGAGUACCUCAGGAAGGCCUACGGUGACCGCCACCCGCAGUAUACCGCCUCGGUCAAGCUGCAGCGUUUAACUCAGACUGGAUCGGUGGCGGACUACGCCGCGGAAUUCCUUGCUCUGGCAGCCCGUGCCAACGCCACCGACGAUGGCCAGCUGCUGACCCGGUUCAAGCUGGGGCUGAAGGACGAGAUCCGCCGCCACAUGGGUCAUUUCCAUUCCGAGGACCUUGAUGCCUACAUGGACGAGGCCACCCAGCAGGACGAGCUGCUCCGCGAGCUGCACCGGCAUUCCUCGACCGCGGACCGCCCUGCGGGACGCACCGCCGCAGUCCGAACCCAACCCGCCACGGGAGGGGUCACCGCGGCGCCGGGCAAGACUGACGGCGCUCGCGGAAGCCCUCGCCCUGCGCUGCCGCCGCGGAGCAUCCUCCGCACGCUGCCCAACGACGUGUACGAGCACCGUCGGAAGAUGAACCUCUGCUACACUUGUGGCGAGGAUCACCUCCAGAGGGACUGUCCAGAGCGCAAGAAUCUCCAGGUCCGCUCCCUCGUCAUCCGCGAUCAGAGGGUCUUCCUGGGAGACCGCCCGGAUGCGUCCGAGGACGAGGACACCGACGACGCCCCCUCGGAGGACGACUCCGACCUCGACGACGACCUAGAGGCCCCCUCGGGAAACGAUCUCCCGGCGACCGGGGUAAUUCGCAUCCUGCGGCACCCGGACGUCCCCACGUACGAAUGCGAGGUGACGAUCCCAGGCGCCGAGGGACUGGCCCUCAUCGAUGGAGGGGCCACGGCGUCGUUCAUCGACCCCGCGGUGGCCCGGCAGGCCAAGGCCUCCAUCGAGACGCUACCGAAGCCACGAGUAGCCUACCUUUUCGACGGUCGAGGAGUCCCCGUGGAGCAAGUCGCCCGCGUGGACAUCUCGAUCGGAGGCGUGGUGGUCGCGAGGAAGCAUCCCUGCUUCCUGGUGGCCACCGGCGGCCACCCGUUUGUCCUCGGACUGGACUGGAUGGAGCGCACCCAGCCGCAGUACAACUGGGAGCGCCGCGAGAUGAUUAUGAAGGCACCGCGGCGACGCACCCGCCCCUCGGGAAGCGCGUCGCCAAGCGUGCCCUACCGUAUCGCGUCCGCGGCAGUCUCCGCCCGCUCUUUCCAGUUCGUCGACGCCGAGGAGCUCGUACGGCUAGCCCGAGAAGAAGGCCCUAUCCGCAUCUGCACCAUCCACGAUUUCCCUGGCGAACAACCGCCGGAGCCAGGAGACCCUCCGCCGCCACCGGACGGGCCCCCCGAGCUCCCGCGGGAGUUCGCCGACUACGCUGACGUUUUUGACGAGGCUCGUGCGGACGCCCUGCCGCAGCACCGCCCUAGCGACCACAAGAUCGUUGUGGAGCCCGGCAAGACCAUACCGCACGGCCCCCUCUACCCCCUGUCUGCCAAGGAGCUCGACGAGCUGCGGAAGUACUUGGACAAGAACCUUUCCCAAGGCUUCAUCCGCCCCUCGAAGAGCCCCGCGGCCGCGCCGAUCCUGUUCGUGCCCAAGAAGGACGGCUCCCUCCGCCUCUGCGUCGACUAUCGCGGGCUCAACAGCAGCCCCCAACCCGAAAAGGCUCCGUCCCGGAGCCGAAGCUCUCGGGCGGGAAAAGACUGA